UUGUCAGCGCUCCUGCCUGCCGCGGUCAGUCUGUUGCUGGAGUUGUUACAGCUUUGAACUAUCUGACCCUCAGUCCGUCAGUUUUUCCAUUCGACCACAAUGAGGGAGAUCGUGCACCUGCAGGCCGGCCAGUGCGGCAACCAGAUCGGAGCCAAGUUCUGGGAGGUGAUCAGCGACGAGCACGGCAUCGACCCGUCCGGGACGUACCAUGGGGACAGCGACCUGCAGCUGGAGCGAAUCAACGUCUACUACAACGAGGCGACAGGUGGGAAGUAUGUCCCCCGUGCAGUCCUGGUGGACUUGGAGCCAGGAACGAUGGACUCUGUGAGGUCGGGUCCCUUUGGCCAGAUAUUUAGACCAGACAACUUUGUAUUUGGCCAGAGCGGAGCAGGUAACAACUGGGCCAAAGGCCACUACACCGAGGGAGCGGAGCUGGUAGACUCUGUCCUGGAUGUGGUGAGGAAGGAGGCAGAGGGAUGCGACUGCCUCCAGGGCUUCCAGCUCACACACUCCCUGGGUGGAGGAACCGGUUCUGGCAUGGGCACGCUGCUUAUCAGCAAAAUUCGAGAGGAGUAUCCGGAUCGCAUCAUGAACACUUUCAGCGUAGUGCCCUCCCCUAAGGUGUCAGACACGGUGGUGGAGCCGUACAAUGCCACCCUGUCUGUCCACCAGCUGGUGGAGAACACAGAUGAGACCUACUGCAUUGAUAAUGAGGCCCUGUAUGAUAUCUGCUUCCGUACACUGAAACUCACUACACCCACCUAUGGUGACCUCAACCACCUUGUAUCAGCCACCAUGAGCGGGGUGACCACCUGCCUGCGCUUUCCCGGACAGCUCAAUGCUGACCUGAGGAAGCUGGCGGUCAACAUGGUGCCCUUCCCCAGGCUGCACUUCUUCAUGCCAGGCUUUGCCCCCCUGACCAGUCGGGGCAGCCAGCAGUACAGGGCACUGACAGUCCCUGAACUCACCCAGCAGAUGUUUGAUGCCAAAAACAUGAUGGCUGCUUGUGACCCACGCCACGGGCGCUACCUUACUGUCGCAGCCAUCUUCCGGGGCCGCAUGUCCAUGAAGGAGGUGGACGAGCAGAUGUUGAACGUGCAAAACAAGAACAGCAGCUACUUUGUGGAGUGGAUCCCUAACAACGUCAAGACGGCCGUCUGCGACAUCCCUCCCCGCGGCCUCAAGAUGGCCUCAACUUUCAUCGGCAACAGCACAGCCAUUCAGGAGCUGUUCAAACGCAUCUCAGAGCAGUUCACUGCCAUGUUCCGCCGCAAGGCCUUCCUCCACUGGUACACGGGCGAAGGCAUGGACGAGAUGGAGUUCACAGAGGCUGAGAGCAACAUGAACGACCUGGUGUCCGAGUACCAGCAGUACCAGGACGCCACUGCUGAGGAAGAGGGCGAGUUUGAGGAGGAAGGCGAAGAGGAAUUGGCCUAAACAACAGCAAUGACCCGUUUCUUACUAUGCAAGAGUUAAGUGCUGACAAUAAUAAAACAAUAACCUCAAAAUUAUACAACAUCUUAAUGGGAGUGCAAAGAAAUAAAAAUGGUGUUGUUUUUAAAAUGUCCAA